UUUCGGGUAGGGUUGACAGCCUCACCUGUCGGUUCUCCGCUGGCACCCGGUGAUCGUAUCACCGACGGUGGGAUACAUCGGUGAUAUGAUAGCCGACACAUUGCUUUGUAUUGCUCUGCAUAGCAGAGCAACAGUAAAGCACACACACAGCACACAGUAAAACACAACACAGCACACAGUUAACCCUUUGAUUGCCCCAGAUGUUAACCCCUUCCUGCCCAGUGUCAUUAGUACAAUGUCAGUGCUUUUUAUUAGCACUGAUCACUGUAUUGGUGUCACUGCGGAUGUCAGUGACAGUUAGUCAGUUCCCCCCCAGUGUCAGAAUGCCCGCUGCAGUCCCACAGUCCCGCUAUAAGUUGCUG